AGCAGAGAACGAUGAGAUGAAGAAGACCAUCACUGAGAUGAAGGAGGAGAAAGAUGAGAUGAAGAAGACUCUAAGUCACAUAGAGGAGUUACUGAAGGUCACCUUGGCUCAAGCUGUGGAGAACCAUCAGAAGGAUGUGGAGACCAUCCAUCAGCUGGAGAAAGAGAAGUCUGACCUGACAGAAAAGGUGAAGACUCUGAGAGAGACAGUGGAGGAACUGGGGAACCAGCUCAUUGAGACACAUGUGCAGUGUGAUGAGCUCACGGAUGAGUGUGAGAGAGAGCGAGAGACUCACAACAUCCUCCAAGCAGAGAAAGAUGAGAUGAAGAAGACCAUCACUCAGAUGGAGGAGGAGAAAGAUGAGAUGAAGAAGACCAUCACUCAGAUGGAGGAGGAGAAAGAUGAGAUGAAGAAGACCAUCACUCAGAUGGAGGAGGAGAAAGAUGAGAUGAAGAAGACCAUCACUCAGAUGGAGGAGGAGAAAGAUGAGAUGAAGAAGACCAUCACUCAGAUGGAGGAGGAGAAAGAUGAGAUGAAGAAGACUCUAAGUCACAUGGAGGAGUUACUGAAGGUCACCAUGGCUGAAGCUGAGGAGAAACAUCAGAAGGAUGUGGAGACCAUCCAUCAGCUGGAGAAGGAGAAGUCUGACCUGACAGACCAAUUAAAGACACUGAGAGAGACAGUGGAAGAGCUGGGGAACCAGCUCCUCGAAUCUAACAGAGAGUGUGAUGAGUUAAUGAGCGAGCGAGAGACUCACAACAUCCUCCAAGCAGAGAAAGAUGAGAUGAAGAAGACCAUCACUGAGAUGGAGGAGGAGAAAGAUGAGAUGAAGAAGACCAUCACUCAGAUGGAGGAGGAGAAAGAUGAGAUGAAGAAGACCAUCACUCAGAUGGAGGAGGAGAAAGAUGAGAUGAAGAAGACCAUCACUCAGAUGGAGGAGGAGAAAGAUGAGAUGAAGACUCUAAGUCACAUGGAGGAGUUACUGAAGGAUGCUCUGGCUGAAGCUGAGGAGAACCAUCAGAAAGAUGUGGAGACCAUCCAUCAGCUGGAGAAAGAGAAGUCUGACCUGACAGACCAAUUAAAGACACUGAGAGAGACAGUGGAGGAGCUGGGGAACAUGCUCCUCGAAUCUAACAGAGAGUGUGAUGAGUUAAUAAACGAGCGAGAGACUCACAACAUCCUCCAAGCAGAGAAAGAUGAGAUGAAGAAGACCAUCACUCAGAUGGAGGAGGAGAAAGAUGAGAUGAAGAAGACCAUCACUCAGAUGGAGGAGGAGAAAGAUGAGAUGAAGAAGACCAUCACUCAGAUGGAGGAGGAGAAAGAUGAGAUGAAGAAGACCAUCACUCAGAUGGAGGAGGAGAAAGAUGAGAUGAAGAAGACCAUCACUCAGAUGGAGGAGGAGAAAGAUGAGAUGAAGAAGACCAUCACUCAGAUGGAGGAGGAGAAAGAUGAGAUGAAGAAGACUCUGAUUUACAUGGAGGAGUUACUGAAGGUCACCAUGGCUGAAGCUGAGGAGAAACAUCAGAAGGAUGUGGAGACCAUCCAUCAGCUGGAGAAAGAGAAGUCUGACCUGACAGAAAAGGUGGAGACUCUGAGAGAGACAGUGGAGAAACAUCAGCUGGAUGUGGAGACCAUCCUUCAGCUGGAGAAGGAGAAGUCUGACCUGACUGACCAGUUAAAAACACUGAGAGAGACAGUGGAGGAACUGGGGAACCAGCUCACUGAGACACAUGUGCAGUGUGAUGAGCUCACGGAUGACGCUCUGGCUGAAGCUGAGGAGAAACACCAGACAGAUGAGACCAUCGCUGAGCUGGAGAAGGCAUUUCAUCUCCUGAAACUGUGACUGCUAUUGUGAGCUCUUGGCUUGUCUGUUGUAAUAAAUCUACGUGAUUUGGAAUAGCACACAGACCCCAGUGACGCUCC